AUGACAGCUCGAGCCCUCUGGCUUCUCUGUUUGAUCAUCGGAUGGGCCCCCGAAGCCCCGGUGGCGGAGAGAAAAGCAGCCGUGAACGGAAUCGUGCACGACGUGGACGUGCUGGGCGCGGGCAUGCGGCUGGUGACUCUGCUGUUGGACCCCGACGGGCUGUACAAGAUGAGCCGCCUGUACAUCACUCCCGACGGCUUUUUCUUCCGCGUGCACAUACUAGCCCUGGACCCUUCCAGUUGCCAUAAGCCGUGUCCAGAAUUUAAGCCUGGAAGCCGGUAUAUUGUGAUGGGCCACAUCUACCACAAACGACGGCAGCUCCCUACUGCUCUGCUCCAGGUCCUGAGAGGGCGACUGCGUCCAGGGGACGGACUGCUCAGGGGUAGCAGCAGCUAUGUGAAAAGAUUUAACCGAAAACGGGAGUGGCAAGUUCGAGGUGCCAGCCACACCCGGUGCAUCUGAACAGACCAACUUGGCAUUUGUGAAUCCCAAGAGACUUGGAACUCGGCAGUAAGACACGGGAAGCCGGUCUUCAUAUAGCAGGGGUUCUUCUAUUUGAA